AUGAUGUUUAAAUGUAUUUUUUUUAUGAUUUUUUAUACAAUUUUGUUAUUAUAUACAAAUGAAGGAGGUAAAAUCACUGAUUUUUUCUUCGUUAAUUCUACAAAUGAUCAAUCCGUUAAAAAUUCUCCCAAAACUAGUGAAGAUGGUGAAUUCGUUUGGUUAGAUUCAUCAAGUGAUCAAUUAGAAGAAGAUCUUAAUGAAGCAAUUAAUGAUGAUGAUGAACAUCGAGUAUUAGAUUUAUCAGAUAGUCAACUAGAUAAAUCUUUUGAACAAGAAUUAUUAGAUAUGACAGAUGGUUCACUUGAAGAAGAACUUGAACGAGCAUCGAAAGAUGAUGCUUAUGUACCUAGAUCAUUAGAUAAUUCACCGUCUGUUGCAUCUCUUACAGAUGAUUUUGAACAAUUAUCAUUAUCAGAUAAUGAUGAUCAACAAAUAAAUUAUUUUUCAUUAGAAAAAGUUUUACCUGGUCAUCUUCCGCCAGGUAUUAUCAAACAAAGUUAUUCAUUUUCAAAUCAAAUCAAAUUAAUUCAACUAUAUGAAAGUCAUCUUAUCGAAGAUGUCAAAGAAUUAUUUGAAUUUAUUGCCCAACAUAUUCAUAAUAAAUAUACAAAUUGUGCAUCGAAUUUAGGUCAAUGGCUUCGAAAUCCACAAAUCGAUGAACCAAUAUUUUAUCGAAAUUGUGUUCCAUGUACAAAUGCAGUUGAUCUUAAUUUACAAAGUUUAUUUAAUAAUUAUAUUCAUAUAGAUAAAUUAGAACAUUAUUUUGUAAAUACUUGUCAAAUGCAAAAACAAUGGAUUUCAUAUGUAAGUCAAAUGGAAUAUUUAGAUGUUGAUUUAAAUCGACAUCCAACAACAACUUUUACAGAUGUUAUUAGACGAAAUCUUCUUCCUAAUCAUAGAUAUGUUUUUCAAGGAAUAGUUAAAUCAAAUCGAGGAAAUAGUCAUAAAGGUUUUAAUCAUGUUUGUAAUUUAAUAAAUGAUGAAUAUGGUCAUAUAUGGAUAAUUGAUGGACAAAUUCAAAGAGUUUUUGAUUUUAAUCAAGAUAAUGAUUUGAAAGAACUUGAUCAAAGAUAUCGUCCAGAUUAUAUUGCACGUGCUUAUACGGGAUUAUUUCGACCACCAGCAUUUAUUCACAAUUUAACACAAACCUAUAAUUACAACUAA